AUGGCCGGCCCAUUUGAUUACCAAAAAGUGCGUUAUAUAUUAUCAUGGCCCCAUAUGAUUGCCAAAAAGUGCACAUAUUGUGAUCCAACUAUUGCCUAUUUGUUGCCGGUUUAUGUAUGCCGAUUUCGUGUUCCUAAUAAAAGUAAAGUUGUGGCCGAAUUUAUGGAAUAUUACGUUAUCGAAAUUGAACAAAAAUCUAUUGCACCAAAAAUUUGGGUAUCAGGUUAG